AUGUUUCCCGCCAACUUCCUCCAGACUGUCCUUCACAGCUUGCUCUUCUCUUCCACACACUCUUCUGAUCCACAGCCCGACAGGAUGCUUGCAACACCCUCUCUUCAAGUGGCUGCCUCGCUCGGCGCCAUUCUGAGCUCCGCGGCUGCAGCUGCGACGGCAACGCCUACACCCGCAUCCCGUGGCUUAUUGGUGGACGCGGCGCCCGGAACGCCUCAACCCUAUGUGCUGCCAAAUCUGCAGGGCCACGCUGUGGAUUUCGGGGGCUUGAUUAUCCGCACUCUGGUCCCCAACACCACGUCUUCAGGCGCCUUUUCGCUUGUCGGAGUGAACUCAGGCCCAGCACCUCUCAACCUCAUCCAUUAUCACAAAGAGAUCGAGGCGUUCUACACCCUCAAGGGCAGUGUGCAAGUCUUCCACAAUGCCGAUACCGGUCGUGAAUUGCGUGCCAAUGACUUUGUCUUCCUCGCCCCUGGCAACAACCAUACCUAUCGUCCCAAUGAUCUCGACUUUCAGCUCACCCUAGGGAUGGCUCCUGGGGGAAUUGAUCGGUUCUUUGCCGCUGCUGGUCUUCCUUACAACUCCACCGCCCCCUUCGACCCACAAGAUGCCUCGCAGCUCAAUGUGACCAAAGUUCUGGGCCUGAUGCCUCAGUACAACAUUGUCCCCGAACCCUUCAACACCAUCAAUCUCGACUGGACAAAUGGCACUACUGCCGAUGGCUUAGACACCUGGCAUGUCGCCGACCAAGCUUUGCCGGAUGAUCCCACAAAAGCCUACUUUGUCUCCAGCAACCGCGGUCCCAAAUACCUCCAUCGGAGCUCUGGCCAGGUCGUCGCCCAGCUCGCGUCUGGCAAUCAGACCAACAACGAGCUCAGCGUCGCCAGCAUCGCCAUCAAGCCGAACAACAAGCAGUCGCAGCUCCAGUUCAAUGUCGACCAGGCGUUCCAAGUCACAGAGGGUCAACUGCACCUCGAAAUCGAUGGUGAAACAGUACAAUUGAUCUUUGGCGAUCUGGCCUUCAUUCCCAAGGGCACCUGUUUCAGCUAUUGGUCGACCGUGGGCUUCACUAAAAUGGUCAACUGGGCGGCAGGCUCAGGGCUGGCCGACAGUCUGAUUUCUGAGGCUGAGGCAUGGGAAUAUGGAGUUUGGCCUGCUUGA